AUGUCUUUAAUACCAUUCAAUUUUGAUCCUGACAUUGAAGGUAUAGACCGCUACUUACAAGAAGAUGAUGACGAUCCAGCUGUCAAUUAUGAAGGUAGAUUAAAUAAUUCCAAUUGGUGUUCUUGUGGAUACUGUAAAGGAAUGCUUAGUGACAUCGAUUGUUUAUGCUGCAAUGAGUUACCAAAUUUAGAAAAAAUACGACAAGAAGAAGGGAAAUGUAUUACUUUACAUCGAUCAUUUUCGAAACUAAUAUUGGAUAAAGAAAUACUAAAUAUUACUAGACACAAUUUAAUACUAAAAACUAAAAACAGAAUUAAUAAAAAAAAAUUGGGUCAACAUCAUCCAGAAAAUAAAACGUGGAGAUUUAUUUGUUAUAAACAGUAUACGUCUUGGGUCAAUUCUUGGUUUGCAAUGGGAAAAGGAAACCGAGUGGUUUUGCCUGCAUGUGUUGUACAGAAAAUAAGAGAAGAAUAUCCAGAACCAAAUGGAAUAUACGUAGGAUUCAAAAAUUCAAAAAAAUUACCGGCUUAA